AUGCCGCCGGCCGCAGCCGGGGCGGGGGCCGCGCCGGCCCAGCAGCAGGCAGCGGCACCGCGGCGGCGCAGGGCCCACAAAGAGGUGCUGGUGGCUGUGCCCCUGGGCAAGCACCCGCUGCAGAACAGGUGGGCGCUGUGGUUCUUCAAGAAUGACAAGAGCAAGAUGUGGCAGGCCAACCUGCGCCUGGUCACCAAGUUCAGCACUGUCGAGGACUUCUGGGCGCUGUACAGCCACAUCCAGCUGGCCAGCAAGCUGACGUCGGGCUGUGACUACUCCCUCUUCAAGGACGGGAUCGAGCCCAUGUGGGAGGACAACCGGAACAAGUGUGGCGGGCGCUGGCUCAUCACGCUGGCCAAGCAGCAGCGGCACACCGAGCUUGAUCACUUCUGGUUGGAGACUCUGCUGUGCCUCAUCGGGGAGUCGUUUGACGAGUACAGCAGCGAGGUCUGCGGCGCCGUCAUCAACAUCCGUGCCAAGGGUGACAAGAUCGCGGUGUGGACCUGCGAGGCCGAGGACCGCGAGGGCGUCCCCCACAUCGGGCGUGUGUACAAGGAGCGCCUGGGCCUGUCCUCCAAGAUUGUCAUCGGCUACCAGGCCCACGCGGACACAGCUACCAAAAGUGGCUCCCUCACCAAGAAUAAGUUCGUGGUGUGAGGCCGGGCGGGCCCUCAAUGAAAGCACUGCAGC